GCAGCCAGCAACACAACCACUUGUAACAUGGGUUGCCUGCCAAGCGAAUCUCAACAUAACCUCAAUGAUUUGUUUAUUUGGUAUCAUUUGAAUUUCUAACAAUGCGGUACGCACAGCUGGUUAUCGGGCCCGCAGGGAGUGGAAAAUCGACUUAUUGCAGUGCUAUGGUGCAACAUGGUGUGGACGCGAAACGCACGAUAGACGUGGUUAAUUUGGACCCGGCUGCCGAACACUUCGACUACGAGCCCCUGGUAGACAUACGCGAGCUGAUACACGUCCAAGACACCAUGGAAGAUGAGGAGUUGCACUUCGGGCCAAAUGGAGGGCUUGUUUUUUGUAUUGAGUACUUGUUGGAGAAUUCAGAUUGGCUGCAUGACAGGUUGGGUGAUCAAGAAGAUGAUUAUAUAUUGUUUGAUUGUCCUGGACAAAUUGAGUUGUACACACACUUAACAGCUGUUAAAAAAUUAGUUAAACAGUUGCAGGAUUGGAAUUUUAAUGUUUGUUCAGUGUUUUUGGUGGAUGUGCAGUUUAUGACUGAUGGUGCAAAGUUUUUGUCAGGUACAAUGGCUGCCUUAAGUGUGAUGGUAAAUUUAGAACUUCCCCAUGUUAAUCUCCUGUCAAAAAUGGACCUUCUGAAUAAAAGUGCCAGGAAAAGGUUGGAUAGAUUUUUAGAACCAGAUGCUCACAGUGUUUUGGGCGAUUUAGAAUUGGCUGGAAACUCUGCAUUCAAUCAAAAAUACAGAAAAUUAUCUGAAACUAUAGGAAGGCUCAUUGAGGAUUAUUCUCUAGUCAGAUUUAUACCUUUAAAUCUCAAAGAUGAAGAAAGUAUAGCUGAUGUUUUGUUAACUAUUGAUAAUGUGAUACAGUUUGGUGAAGAUGCUGAUGUUAGAACAAAAGAUUUUGAAGAACCAGAUCCAGAAGAUUAGGAUUAAGUUUAAUAAAAGUUUUAAUACUG